AUGGGGUUUAGAGAUAUUGAUGUUUUUAAUAAGGCCAUGUUAGCCAAACAAGGGUGGAUGUUACAAACAAAGUGUGAUUCUUUGGUUGCAAAGAUUUUUAAGGAAAAGUAUUUCCAGAAUUGUCAGUUUAUUGAUGCAAAGAUUGGUUAUAAGCCCUCUUUUAUGUGGAGGAGUUUGUUAGCUGCACAAGAUUUGGUGAAAGCAGGUAUGGUCUGGAGAGUGGGUAAUGGGAAGAGCAUCUCAAUUGGGAAGGAUAAGUGGCUACAUAAUGGCUCAGAUUUUAAAGUGAGAUCACCUAUUAAUACUCUAUCUGCAGACUCGAAGGUAAGCUCUCUUAUCUUUGAGGAUUUGCAUUGCUGGAAUGAGAGUUUGGUAGGGGAUAUGUUCAGUAGGGAGGAGGCAGCUCAGAUUUGCAAUAUACCUUUAAGUUGGCAGGGGGGAGGAUGA